UCUUUCUUUACUUCUUCAAAACACUGAAUUGAUUUUGUAGCUUAACUCUUUUAAUAUGAGCAGUGUGAAAUAUUGAUUUUGCUGAACUUUAACAAGCACCGGGUGACAUCAAGCCUCGCUUUGCGUGAUUUCUUCCCAUAUUAAUGCCGAGGCCUUUUUAUAUUAUUAAAUGCGCGCGGGUCGAUUGGGAAGUGAUUGUUGUUUUUCUCUUAGCCCUAUUUCUGUAUAAUGGAUAACCACACUUUAAAGGAGUUCGUACCCUUGAGCUGUUCUACUUUUGUCCGUCAAAGAAGCAGACAGCUUUUGUAAGCUACGUGCCCUGAAUGUUUUUUCUUAAUACACUUCCAUAUGGAACUCUUGGGGCCAGGAUUUCUUCUAAUGGUAAGGUAGCAGUUUGGUUCGAAGAAUCAUGGACCCAGUCAGCAAAAAUCCUUCCAGUGAAACUGCUGUUUCUUUCCAGCCCAAACGCCCUGCGCUGUCAUGGAGUGUGAAAAUCAGGAGGAAGUUGAAAAGCGUGGCUCCUUUCCUGGGCAGGUUCAGGCCGCUGGUUGGACAGUGCUGUCACCAAUGCACCCCAGAGAGUCUGGGUCUGAAGUUGCUGUGUAACACUCCUCCUCUGGGCUUUCAGAACCUGACGUUUGUGAACGAGACACACACCGGGUACCGUGGCUGGUUAGUAAGGAGGGUGUGCUGUUUGCUGUUUGUCUGUGGUCGUGAAGUUCACCCCAGCCCUGUUGGAGACAGGCGGCAUAGAGUCCACGGCAGUGAGAGAGUGAGGCAGGCUCUGGUAACGGCAUGUUCCCCAGAUGAAACCAAGAUGAUGGAACUGGUGAUGCCUGAUGUCAGAGGUCAUUUAGGCAGACUUCUGGCCCUCACACAGACCUUCAUCUCCCCCAACUUACUCAGGAUGGUGAGCUGGAUGCUGCUGAAGUUCUUCAGUUUAAUGUUCUGCAAUGUACAGAUCAACCUCAACCAGCUGGCAGCUUUACACCGUGCUACACGACUGAAGGCACCGAUGGUCUAUGUGUGUGUUCGCCAGAGCAGCAUCGAUCAAGCUCUCAUUUGUCUGACUCUUUUCUGCCACAACUUGAGGGUUCCCUACACCAUUUAUCCAACCCACGUCCGACAGACCUGGCUAAGGUCCAUCCUUCAGAAGCUGGGUGUCAUCUUGCUCCCAGAAGGCACUGGCUCAGAGCGAGACGCGGAGAUGGACAGCCUCUAUUCUCCAGUCAUGACCUCAUUCAUUGGCGAGCUGUUACGAGAGGGGGCCGCUCUCAGCGUGGGCAUCACCGCAGCUAGAGGUCACGGCGGGCAAUGGCUGGCACGUGUACAUCAGGCCAUCAGUGAUGGUCUAGUGCCUGAUGUUAGAAUCGUACCAGUGGGUGUUUCCUACGACUGCCUACCACGCCACUUUAUACAUCCACAGGCCGGCGUGAUGUCUGCUCUGCGGUUUGUGGCCUCCCUGCUGAAGGGUGAUCAUAGAGGAAGUGUUAGGAUCCAUUUUGCACAGGCUUUCUCUCUGAAGGAGAUGUGCGAGAGUGGAAAGUGUCGUGUGGAUGGAGGGCGCCCCCUACAGGAACUGCUGUUGACCGCCAUACUGCACAACAGGAUGGACUCCAUCUUCAACCAGAAGGAUGUUUCCUGGCUUCUCCCACCUGCUGUCAUGCCUGAACUGCCUCCCGCUGAUAGACAGCAGACUAUCGCACUGACUCUUCAUUUAAAGUACUCUUCAACUAAAAGUAUGGCCGUCAUGUCUACCAGUCUGGUGUCCUGUUUGCUGCUGCACAAGCAUCGCAGGGGUGUGCGUGUAUCCGUGCUGUGCAGGGACAUCUGUUGGCUGUUGGAGGAGGUGUUGUUCAGAAACACGGAUGUGGGUUUCGGUGGCGCUCUGGUCGGGCUGGUGCAUCAUGCGCUCUCUCUGCUCCGCCCAUAUCUUCUCCUAGCUGCAGCUCCGCCCACGGGAGAACCCAUCAUCGCACCGCGGCCCGAUCCAGAGUCUCUGCUCACACUGAGCCAACACUGUGAUUUGCUCACUCAUGUCUUCAUACACGAGGCUGUAGGAGCGUGUGCUGUCUCAGCCAUGCUGAGUGAGGUUGUAGGCUGUGGAGGGGGCGGAGACCAGGAGUUUGAUGUUGUCCUGGGUCAGGAGGAGCUGGCGGAGAAAAGCCUCCAACUCACGCAUUUACUACCACCCGGGUACAUACCGCCAUGUCAGAACGCUCACAGCUUUGCUCUUGAUGUGGUGGACAGCAUGGUGCGCUGUGGGGUUCUUGUUAUGGAGGAGGUUCAGAAGGAUACACCAGUGUGUGACUUCAUGAAGAGGCAGGGUGUGUUAUCAUGGGCUGCUUCAGACAACCCUGACCAGAGCAGCGAUUCAGACUGUGAGGAACCAGACAAACACUCAUAUAAGUUGAGUCAGCCAUCUCAGUGCCCAGAGCUGCUGUUCUUUCUCUGUAGUUUACUGAGUGUCCAGCUGAGAGCUCUGUGCUGGGCACUAGAAAGCCUUCAUUACCUCCCCACACCUAUCACAGAGACGGACUGUUUGAGCCAACUACACUCGCACUUGAAGAACCGAGCUCAGCUGGACAAAGCACACUAUGAGAGCUCAUCUAUUGACUUGGUGAGAAUGGCGCUUCGUACGUUCAUUGAUCUUGGGGUGUUGAUUGAGGACAGGCAGAGAGAUGAUGUGUAUCUGGAUGUCAGUCCUCUCUUCUCCCAGUGCGCUUACAAAGAGAAACUCUUGCAGUUUUUCAAACAGUUCAUAGCUAAAAGAGAAAAGUGAAAACUCAAAGAGAAAUCCGUCUCAGCUGGGAAUGAUAACAGUAGGCACUUCUGAGUUUACUCUUCAUUUCUUCAGUGUUGUUUAAAUAAUUAAUUAUGAAUGUUUUUUUGUGUUUAUACUCAUAGAUUGCCUAGCAGCACACUUGAUUUCUGUUGUAUAUGUGAAGCUGACUGCGGUUGCUUUUUGUGUUCAUUGUUGUUGUUGUUGUUGAGAGCCCAGAUUUAGUUAUUGGUUAGAUGAUGACUAUUCAGAUGGUUAAAUGUUGUUCUCGGUUUAUAAAGAGCAGAUAAAUUGCAUCAAGAAUUUGUUGUUGUUGUUGUUGUUGUUGUUGUUUUUUGUUUAUGAUUCUUUUGCUGAACUGUAAUGAAUAUGUAAUUGGCUUGGUUUAUUACACAAGUUUCUGAUAAUUGA